UUAAUUCUAAUGUCUGUUGAUCAUUGUCCUGAAGUCUUAAACUAUUUCUGUUAAUUUAUUUACGUAAUUUAAAUGUGAAAAAACUUAACUCGAUUUUUUUUAAAUAAAAACUAAAACGAAAUGUAUGCCAGCAUCGAUUUGACGUCGCUACAAUUUGUGGCACAUUUGGGAUCAGGCUGUUACGGAGGUCAAGUGAAUCUGUAUCGGAACAAAAAGGACAAACGCAGCCGACGAAUCGUGGUCAAAUCGAUUCCAUACAGCAGCCCCGAGUAUGCCUACAAUACGGUGCUGAAAGAGCACACUAUCCUGUCGCAGAUUAGCCAUCCGAGAAUCCUUCACUACUUUGGGUGUUUUCAAACCGAGGACUCGUGGAACAUGAUAACGGAAUACGCGGAACGGGGUAAUCUGGCCGAUUUUUUGCAUCGUCGCCGAGAGGAUGGAAAUUUUCUCAGCCAGCGUGUGGUGAUGGCCAAGUUUUGGGACCUGGCCGAUGGAUUGAAGUAUUUGCAUCAGAGGCGCGUUAUCCAUCGGGAUCUGAAGCCGGAGAAUGUGCUGAUCGAUGCAGACAACCGACUGAAGUUGGCCGACUUCGGGAUAGCGAAGAUCUGUACUGAUGUCAAUCUGGAGGAGGAGCUAAACAUGACCAUCGUUGGCACUCCACUGUACAUGGCCCCGGAGGUUGCGACCGGUAAACCGUACGACUUCCGCAGCGACAUCUGGCCCCUGGGAGUGAUAUUCUACGAGCUGUGCAUGCUGGAACAUCCUUACCUGGAGCGAUUUGACGCGACUGCUGGGCAGUUUUCUUCGGAGGGAAAGCAGAAAUUCAGCCCCCCAAAGAUCGAUUGGCCCCGCCGAGGCUAUCGCCCGGAGAUGCAGUCGCUGUGCGACAUGAUGAUACAGGUCGAUCUGAAGAAGCGCUGGACGCUGGAGAAAAUGCUGAAGGAGCAGUUCGUUUUGCGUUUGUUGGAGCGAAAAAUUUGAUGCCGAACUUUUGUGGACUUUUUAUAUUUUAGGUUUAUAGAACCAUUUAUGUGACUUUUUUAUAUUUCAAACUUAAGCUAUUUACAUGAAUCAGAAAUUUUAUAUUAGAAAAACAAAGAGGAUUCCCUCAAUAAACUA